ACGAUUCCCAAAAUUUGCGCCAAAAUCUGCAAAAUAAUAAACAAAUAAAUAAAACCAUGUCGGAUGUAGAAGACGUGCCCGAAACCCAGUUAGAAAUCGAUGUCAGCGAUGGCGCCGGACUGGAGGAUGAGGAUGAUGACGAUAUGGAACAGAUUACAGCUCAGAAGGUUCUGGAAAUCAUAGAAACCGCGUGGAUAAAUGAAAUGUGUGCGCCGGAGAUCCUGCCCAGCCAGACGGACAUGCUGGAGCUGAUGGUCUCCCAGGUGGCCCACAUGGAGGAGCAGAUGCGCGAUCUGGACAAGAACGAUUUCCGAGCGGUGGUGCACUCCAUGGAACUGGAGAGGGUGCGCUACAUAAUGGCCAGUUAUCUGCGUUGCCGCCUGCAGAAGAUCGAAACCUUCACGCAGCACAUCCUCAACCAGGAGGAGAGCCGUGAGCCGGAUGACAAACGUCUGUCUCCCGAGGAGACUAAGUUCGCCCAGGAGUUUGCCAGUAAUGUGGAUGAGUACUUCCACAAAGUAGCCACCCAGUACAUGCCCAACCAGCAGAGAGGAGAGGCGGAGCAGAGGAUUGUGACGCCCAAUCUGAUGAGCCAUGUCUUUCUUAAGGCAAAUGUGGCAGUGCCCGCUGUGAUCGUGGGCGUCGAUGAUGAGGAGGUGGACAUGGCGGCCGGCUCCCAGCAUAUUAUUCCCUACCAACUAGUGGCCGACUUGAUACAAAACAACCAAGCGCAGCUAAUUUAAAAGACUUAUUUAGCAGGUAAUAUACAUGAU